AGACGAAUCUCAGCCGUCGAUCAUUCUCUGCUACGAUCGCGAGCUAGGGUUUUAUAUCAUCCUAAGCCCCUUUAUAUCUUCCUUCUUUUCUUAUCUCCACAGCCUCCGUCUCUUCCCUCCUCCCCUCCCGCCUCUCACAGAUCGAGCUUCAGCCAUGGCCUUUGUUAAGGCUCAGAAAUCCAAGGCCUAUUUCAAACGGUUUCAGGUCAAGUUCAAGAGAAGGAGAGCGGGGAAGACUGACUACCGGGCUAGAAUUCGCCUAAUUAAUCAAGACAAAAACAAAUACAACACUCCAAAAUACCGUUUUGUUGUCAGAUUUACCAACAAGGAUAUUAUUGCACAAAUAGUAUCUGCUAAUAUUGCUGGUGAUAUGGUGCUUGCUGCUGCUUAUGCCCGUGAGUUGCCUUGUUAUGGACUUGAAGUGGGUCUUACAAACUAUGCUGCCGCUUAUUGUACUGGGUUGCUGUUGGCUCGUCGUGUUCUGAAAAUGCUUGAGAUGGAUGAUGAGUAUCAGGGCAACGUGGAGGCUACUGGGGAGGAUUUCUCAGUUGAGCCAACUGAAAAUAGGAGGCCAUUCCGUGCACUCCUUGAUGUUGGGCUGAUCAAGACAACUACUGGAAACAGGGUUUUUGGUGCUCUUAAGGGUGCUUUGGAUGGUGGAUUGGAUAUUCCUCACAGUGACAAGAGGUUUGCUGGCUUUGGGAAAGAAAGCAAGCAGCUUGAUGCUGAGGUUCACCACAAGUACAUCUAUGGUGGUCAUGUGGCUGCAUAUAUGAGGACUUUGAUGGAAGAUGAGCCGGAGAAGUAUCAGUCUCACUUCAGUGAGUAUAUCAAAAGGGAAAUCGAGGCUGAUGACAUUGAGGCAAUGUACAAAAAAGUGCAUGCUGCCAUCCGUGCUGACCCAACUGCUAAGAAGUCUGAGAAGGAGGCUCCAAGGGAGCACAAAAGGUACAACUUGAAGAAACUCACUUAUGAGGAGAGAAAGGCUAAAUUGAUUGAACGAUUGCGUACCCUGAACUCAGCUGCUGAUGUUGAGGAUGAGGAUGAGGAAGAUGAAGAUGAAGAUUGAAAGUAGCAUUAAAGCAUAAAUCUUCGACUUGUUUUUCGUUGCAUGUUGCCUCCAGUUUUAGUUGAACCUUUACUUGUUAUUUUAAAUUUUUGGGUAAAUUUUGCAGCUUCUUGACUGUUUAAUUUUUUUUUAGAUAUAGUACAAAGAAUUUCUCCCAUGGAAUUUCAGUUUUUGUUCCAGGCAAUGUACUAUUUUUCUUGACAUCAAAGCAGACUU